AUGCCUGACAAGAUCCUUAACGUUUGUGUCUAUGGUAUUGGCAACUCGGCCAAUACAUUCCACAUCCCUUACAUCCUCUCCCUCCCAGAGCUCUACAAGCUCUACGCAAUCUACGAGCGUGACGCCACGCCUCAACAGUCCAAGGGCAGGGAAAAGUUCGGUCAUCUCGGAGUGAAGAUCUUCACCACGCUCGAAGAGGUGCUCGCAGACCCAGCGAUCGACCUGUGCGUCAUUGCGACCAAGAGUCCGAGUCACUACGAGCUCGCCAAAGCAACCCUCUCCGCAGGAAAAAGCGUCAUCCUCGAGAAGCCUAUCACCGUGACCUGGCAAGAAGUACACGACCUCGCCACGACCGCCAAAGCCAAGGGCGUCACCUUCGUUCCCUUCCACAACCGACGAUUCGACGGGGACUUCCUCACCGUGCGCAAGCUGCUCGCCGAGGGCAAGCUCAACUUGCAGGACAUUGUCGACUUUGAGAGCAGGUACGACGUACGUGCUGACUGGGGCGCUGGGAGCCCCGGAGGGAACGGAGGGAGCACGUAUGGUCUUGGAUGCCAUUUGCUCGACCAGACUGUGGCGCUCUUCGGGAAACCGAAGACUGUUACGGCGAUUCUCCAGAAUGGGCGCAGGGUUGGCGACCCUGCGUUUGACGAUGCGUUCACAAUCCACUUGCGGUACGACGCCUUUCCCGGGCUAGUCGUCACCUGCCGCAGCGCACUGCACUCUGUCGCUUCGCACCAAGUGCGUUACAUAAUCCGCGAGAAGAACAGGAGCUUCGUCAAGUACGGCCUGGAUUCGCAGGAGCCGCAAGUGCAUGAUGAGGGCAUGAAGCCGCUCGAUAAGGGCUUUGGGGAGGACCCGGAGGAGCUGUUUGGAGAGUAUGGCACGUGGGUGGACGGGAAGAGCACAUUCGAAAAGAUCCCAACCGUCCCUGGAUCAUACCGUUCCUACUACCGCAACGUCGGGGAGACGAUCCUCGGUAAAGCAAAGCAAGAGGUGACAGGCGAGCAAGGAGAGAUCGGGAUGCGUAUCAUCCAGCUUUCGCAUAAGAGCCACAAGGAGGGCAGGACGGUGGCUUAUGAUGAGGAGGUGUAGGCUGCACGGGAAGACUGGAACUAGGAAACGAGAAAUAGUUAGGAAUCAGAAAUGGUCAUAAAUUGCAUUCA